AUGCUUUUCUCAAUAUUCAUUACAGAUAAGAAUAAGCAAUAUACAGCUCAACAAAUUGAAACUACGAAGGAAAAAAUUAUUAGCUCUGAAAAGACAAAAUAUAUUGCCAAUUUGAGUCAUGAAGCUAGAAAUCCUUUGCACGCCAUUAGUGGAUCUAUUUCAAUCCUCAAACAUAAUAUCCAAUCUGAAGAAUGUAGUAAUCAAUGUCCUCACUGCUAUGUAACAAAUGGUUCUAUAGCUGAAUUAGUUGAAGACCUGGAAGAAAACACAACAUUAUUGGAGCAUAUAUUCUCGUCUUCAUUACAAGUUAGCUCACUUGAAAUGGGAAAAGUUGAGUUAAAAGUUGAAGAUACUAACAUGUUAUGUCUAGUUGAAUCAAUUACUAGUGUUUUCUCUCAAUUGGCUAAAACCAAACAACUUUCACUUCACAGUUACUUUAAUGUAAUUAAGGUUCCAAUUUUUUUGAGAGCAGAUUCUGUUAGAGUAAGCCAAGUGGUAAUGAAUCUUAUAUCUAAUGCCAUUAAGUACACAGAUAAGGGACAUAUUAAAUUGAAUUGUGAUACUCUGAGUGAAAGAGAAAUUCGCAAACACUUUCCAACAAAAAGUAUUGAAGAGUAUGAAUUUAUCAAAAUUGAGUGUAUAGAUACAGGUAAAGGAAUCCCUGAAGCACAAGUUAAGGAUCUUUUCAAACCAUUUCAUGUUGUUGAACAAGGUCAAAAAUCUGUUGACAGCUAUAUUGCUCAAACAGAAAAAAUGGCAGAAUUCAAAGAUAUUAAUGGUGCUAGUAUGUUACUCAAUACUAGUCGUAGCAAUGGCCUCGGAUUAUCUAUAUCAAAAAUGCUUAUUGAUAAGAUGGAGGGUGAUAUUAUUGUUUCCAGUAGUUCGAAAGGUACUAACAUGACUAUCAUUUUACCACUGAGAAGGGUUAAGCCAGAAGUAUUGAAGGAAGAACUGGUUCAGAAGAAUAACAAUUAUUUAACAUGUGACAAGAUUUUUGAGAUUUUGAAUGAAGAAAAUGAAAGAUUGAAUAUUAUAAUUAUUGAUGAGGAUAGAUUUUUCAGACACAUUAUGCUCUCCUAUUGGAAGAUGUUUAAGAGAGCUGUUCACAUUAGUGCAGAGUAUAAAACAAGUAUAGAAUUUUGUGAUUCAGAAUUAGACAAGGAUUUAAUGCAAAAUACCACAGUUAUUUUCUGCCCUGAAAAAGAUAUCAAACAUACAGAGUCCAAUUUCAAACAUGAACGAGUAGUUUUGAUUCCAACCAUUUGUAGAGGUAGUCAUAGAUUAUUUUCGGAUCGUAUCUACCUUUCCAAGCCAGUGAAAUUUAUAGAUUUGUUGGAAUUUGUCUAUGAACAUAUUUUUGAUAGAACUGCUUCCUCCACUCAUAGACAAAGUGUUGUGGAAAUUGAGAAAAUACCAAAAAUAAUGAAAACCAAGUCAGUACCAGUAAUUGAAGAAUUCAAGAGUGAAAAAAAAGUUCUUAUAGUUGAUGACAAUCACCUAAAUCUUAAAAUAUUGGAAAAACUCCUUAGAAUAUUAGGUUUUGAAGACAUUGAAGUUGCCCACGAUGGUAUGGAAUGCUUCAACAAGUAUAAGAAGAAGAAUUAUGAUAUUAUUUUAUUAGAUUGCAUAAUGCCUAUUCUAAGUGGAAAAGAAUCUUGUGAGCUUAUCAGAAACAUGGAAAAGCAAGAACACCUAGAACAUAGAAUCCCAAUAUUAGCAAUCACAGCAAAUGUUUGGGAAGAUAGAGAAUCUCUUAUAUCUCAAGGUUUUGACUCUGUUAUUUACAAACCUAUUCAGCUGGAGAAACUACAAGCAGAAAUGAUGGCUUUAUUGGAUGAUUAA